AUGGCUCCUACCAUAUCAAAAGAAGGAAAAGGUUACUUCUGGAAGUUACCACAAGACUAUGAUCAGCUUGCACAAAAAAUAUGGUCCAGUUGUCAGAUUUGCACCAAACGAUUUCAAGGGAAAGCCCUAUUUCUCAAAGGGCCAGCCUACAAUACUGGUUCGGAAACCAACGUUGGCAUUGUUUCAGCAAGAGAUCCGGCUGUCCAUCGAGAAAUCCGAAAAUCCCUUUCUCAUGCGUUUAGUGCGAAAGCGCUUCGGCUACAAGAGGAAGUGGGGUUACGGUAUAUGGACUUGUUCGUUUCUCAAAUCCAUAAACGUAAGGAUGAUGAGAAGGAGUUGAACUUGUCAGAAUGGUAUAAUUGGUUAACUUUUGAUAUCAUUGGUGAUCUCGCUUUCGGGGAAUCAUUCGAUGCAGUCGAAUCUGAAGGCCAUUCGUGGAUCAGUCUCAUUCUCAGCACCGUCCAUCUGAUGGCUAUCAUGGAAAUCUUUCGACGUUUCCCAUUUUUCAUGAACUCAUUCUUCAAAAAGAUUGCAACAAUUCUUAUGCCUAAAGACUUGAAAGAAAAGAGCAAGGUACAUUUCCAAAAUUCAAUGCAAAAAGCAACUCGACGUAUGAAGCGAGGAAACAAUGACCGAGACGAUUUCUUCUCGCAUCUAAGGUUACCACGCGAAAAAGAAAAAGGACCCAAGAUUACUCGCGAAUUCAUUCUAGCGCAAUUUAAUACGCUUAUUGUAGCCGGCUCUGAGACCACUGCCACUUUUCUUAUAGGAGUAACAUACUAUCUUCUUAACAGGCCCGAAACACUACGACGUCUGCAAGAAGAGAUCCGCAAUGCAUUCACAUCUUCAGAAGAUAUCACAAGCGAUUCCACAGCGGCACUUCUAUAUCUUGCAGCCGUAAUCGAAGAAGGUCUUCGCAUCUACCCACCCGUACCAAUGGGUCUCCCGCGUGAGUGUCCGGGCGCCAUGAUCGAUGGCCACUAUGUUCCUAAGGCGCGGUUGUCUGCGUCUCUGGCUAUGUUGCUACUCAUAAUGAAGAAUAUUUCGCCGACGCCAAUGAAUUUCAUCCUGAGAGAUAUCUACCUUCUUCUCACCCAUUUUAUGAUUCUCGAUAUCAAAAUGAUAACAAAGAUGCAAGUAAACCCUUUUCUAUGGGUCCCAGAGCAUGAUUGGGGGUUAAUCUGGCGUACAUGGAAAUGCGGGUAGUUUUGGCGAGAUUAGCGUGGGAAUUUGAUUGGGAAUUAAAGAGCAAGGAGUUAAAUUGGGAGAGGGAUUCGAAAUUGGUGGUGCUUUGGAAAAAACCAGCACUCAGGGUUGGGUUUACCCCGGUAGAGAGAUGAGCUGGGAAGGUGUUAUCUAGAGGCGUUUUGUUUUCUUUCUUUCUUUUUCUUGUAUAGAAAUAGUUCUCAUGGCCACUGGCAACAGUUCAUGACCUUAGGGAACUCGGAUAAUAAAAGGGUGGAUACAGAUUAGACUUUUUUCUGCAGCGUUCCGUCCCGAAUCUGAGAAUGAGAUAGUUAGAGGUAGGUAGUUAUGUGCUUGCCGUGUUCGAGAAAUUGAUGCUGGAGGCCGUAAACUAGAUAUGUAUGUGUACAUGUAUACGAGAUGCUGGAAGUACAAGA